GCCGGAGCUGUGCCGACCCAGGACUAGGGUUGCCCGGACACCGCCUGGCACGGGACGAGCCGGGGCAAGUCCGUCCCGCCGGGGCAGCCGGCCCGAGAAAAAUAUUCAAGAUGGUACAUGCUGAAACCUUUUCUCGCCCACUGAGUCGGAAUGAAGUUGUUGGUUUAAUUUUCCGUUUGACGAUAUUUGGUGCUGUGACGUAUUUUACCAUCAAGUGGAUGGUAGAUGCAAUUGAUCCAACCAGGAAGCAAAAAGUAGAAGCCCAGAAACAGGCAGAAAAGCUAAUGAAGCAAAUCGGGGUGAAAAAUGUCAAACUUACUGAAUAUGAAAUGAGUAUUGCUGCACAUCUAGUUGACCCACUUAGCAUGCAUGUAACCUGGAGUGAUAUUGCAGGAUUAGAUGAUGUUAUUACAGAUCUGAAGGACACAGUCAUCUUACCCAUCAAAAAGAAAUAUUUAUUUGAGAAUUCCAGACUCCUGCAGCCACCAAAAGGAGUACUUCUGUACGGUCCUCCAGGUUGUGGUAAAACUCUCAUUGCCAAAGCUACAGCAAAGGAAGCAGGUUGUCGAUUUAUUAAUCUCCAACCUUCAACACUGACUGACAAAUGGUAUGGGGAGUCUCAGAAACUGGCUGCUGCAGUCUUCUCCCUUGCUAUGAAGCUCCAACCGUCCAUCAUUUUUAUUGAUGAAAUAGAUUCCUUCCUACGAAAUCGCUCAAGUUCUGACCAUGAAGCUACAGCUAUGAUGAAAGCUCAGUUCAUGAGCCUUUGGGAUGGUCUGGACACUGACUACAAUUGCCAAGUGAUAGUGAUGGGAGCUACCAAUCGCCCUCAGGAUCUUGAUUCGGCCAUUAUGAGAAGAAUGCCUACAAGGUUCCACAUCAACCAACCUGCUCUGAAACAGCGAGAAGCCAUCCUGAAACUGAUAUUGAAAAAUGAAAAUGUGGACAGGCGUGUAGACCUCCUAGAAAUUGCUAAAGAAACAGAUGGUUUUUCAGGGAGCGAUUUGAAGGAAAUGUGCCGGGAUGCAGCGCUCUUUUGUGUCAGGGAAUACGUCAAUUCCACGUGUGAAGAAAGCCAUGAUGAAGAUGAGAUUCGGCCAGUACAACAGCAGGAUCUACACAGGGCAAUUGAAAAGAUGAGGAAGUCAAAGGAUGCAACUCUCCAGAAUGUUUUGAUGCAUGUUGGUUUAGAUUAAGGCUGAAGAACUUGUUGCAGUUUCUGAUAAGGCCUAGUUUGGUGACUUAGUAAUUUAGUGAAAAUGUGGGUUGGCAGGGAGGGGGGCAUUCUUCAACUGGCAGAGUUAUGUUUCUGGAGUUGUUUUUAUACCAUGAAUUCUAAGUUAUUGGAAUCUAGUAGUAUCAUAAAAUUAGUUAUGUAAUAAUAGAUCAUGAAGUGGAACAAUAUUGCCCCAUUCAAGGGCAAAUGCUGGUGUUUUGUCCCAUUACAAUACACUGUUGCAGCCUUAAAGGUUCUAAUGUGGUACAUGGUCUCUGCUGGCCACCUGUGAGGAGGGGAAAUAACAGUAACAGUUCAUGUAUAUAUGUAUGAUUGUGUGCGUGUGUGUGUAUAUAUUAAAUGUAUAUAUCCACACCUUUUUUUAUAUAUAGACAUAAUCUGUAGAUAACUUAACUUAAAUAUGGAAAUCUUUUUUUACUUAGUUACUGAAUCUAACCAGGUCAGAAGAUGUAUAGAUUAAAUUUCAGUUGUGUUCAUUACACAUUUACAACUUUAUUUUAGCAACAUGUACAAAGGCAGAAAAUCUCUGUUUCUUAACCACUGGGAAGGGGGUUGUUUUUUGGGGGUAACUUUUUUUUAAGAGUUGAAGUAUUAUUGAUCUUUUGUUCCAUAUUUAGUGUAUGAAAUCUUCUGGUGCCAUUUAGUAAAUGUCAUAAACUAAUAUACAAAUGUUUGAAUAUUUUGCAUUUUAUAUGAAAUCCUGCUAUUGGGGCUCUUUGUUUUAAUGCUGGGUAUUUUGGGGUUUGUUUGGGUUGUGUUUUUUUUUUUUUGUUUUUUACAAUUUCUUCUCUUCAGUGGAAUAAUUGAUUGAACCUUGUUAACUGGUCUUUCAUUAAACCCCACAUUUUAAUCUCUGUAAGAA